AUGGCCGUCGAGCCCACCACCGCCCCAGUCGCGUCAACUUCCGACUCGCCUCCUCCUCCCGUCCCCGCCGUCGCGAAACCGCCAAAGACGGCGCGCGGCCGCCCGACAGACGACCCCGACACGCGCUGGAGCAAGACCCUGAGCUACAUCCUGCGCCACGGCGCGAGCAAAGAAGGCCUCACGCUGCGCCCGGAUGGCUUUGUCCGCGUCGACGACCUUAUGAAGCGACCAAAGCUCAAGGGCUGCGACCUCGAGACGCUCGAGCGCAUCGUGCGCGACAACGCCAAGCAGCGCUUCUCGAUGAGGAGCGAGCCGACCGGGGCGGACGGCGCAGACGAGCUGUGGAUCAGGGCCAACCAGGGUCACUCGGUCAAGGUCGAAGCCCUCGAGCUCAAGCCGGUCGACAAGGCCGACGCCGUCCCGACCAUGGUGCACGGCACGUACCACCGGCUGUGGCCCGUCAUCGAGAAGGAGGGCCUCAAGGUCAUGACGCGCAAUCACAUUCACUGCGCCGUCGGCCUCGCAGGCGAGGACGGCGUCGUCAGUGGCAUGCGCAACAACUGCGACCUCUUCAUCUACCUCGACGUCCCCAGACUGCUCGCCGACGGCGUCCCCAUCUUCACCUCGACCAACAGCGUCGUCCUCACCCCGGGCAUCGACGGCGUCGUCCCGCCACGGUACUUUGCCAGGGUCGUGCGCAAGGGCGGCGAGGUCCUUGUCCCGGCGCCGAGCGCGUGAGAAGCCGCAUGACUGCAACGAGGCGCCGGUUUGCGAACAAA